GGGGCUGCGGCACCGGGCCCGGGCCCGGGCCCCCCGCGGCGGCGGGUCGACGGCGGCGGCGGCGGGCGGCGAGGCCUGCGGCGGCCUGCGCGGCGUCCCGGCCGCCCUCGGCAACAACACGCAUCAGUGUGUCUUCGACGACCUCAGUGGCUCCGUGUCACUCUCCUGGGUGGGCGACAGCACAGGGGUCAUUCUCGUCCUGACGACGUUCCAGGUGCCGCUGGUGAUCAUGAGCUUCGGGCAGUCCAAACUCUACCGCAGCGAGGACUAUGGGAAGACCUUCAAGGACAUCACCAGCCUCAUCAACAACACCUUCAUCCGGACUGAGUUCGGCAUGGCUAUUGGCCCGGAAAACUCAGGAAAGGUCAUCCUGACGGGCGACGUGUCUGGUGGCAGCCGCGGCGGCAGGAUCUUCCGCUCAUCCGAUUUCGCCAAGAAUUUUGUCCAGACGGAUUUGCCUUUCCACCCCCUGGUGCAGAUCACCUACCACCCCGAAAACUCCAACUGCCUGUUGGCCCUCAGCACCGAGAACGGCCUCUGGGUCUCCAGGGAUUUUGGGGAGACAUGGGAGGAGAUCCACAAAGCUGUCUGCCUGGCCAAGUGGGGUGCGAACGACACCAUCUUCUUCACCACCUACCUGAACAACUCCUGCAAAGCUGAUCUGGGGUUACUGGAGCUAAAGAAAACCUCCGACUUCGGCAAAGCCUUCAAGGUCAUCGGCACCAAGAUUUAUUCCUUCGGGCUGGGAGGACGCUUCCUUUUCGCCUCUGUUAUGACAGAGAAGGGUACCACAAGGCGCAUUCACGUCUCCCUCGACCAAGGCGAGACCUGGAACAUGGCCCAGCUCCCCUCUGUUGGGCACGAGCAAUUUUACUCCAUCCUGGCCGCUAACGAUGACCUGGUGUUCAUGCAUGUGGACGAGCCGGGCGACACGGGUUUUGGCACCAUCUACACCUCCGACGACCGCGGCAUCGUCUACUCCAAGUCCUUGGAACGGCACCUCUACACCACCACCGGCGGGGAGACCGACUUCACCAACGUCACCUCGCUGCGGGGCAUCUACAUCACCAGCGUCCUCUCUGAAGACAACUCCAUCCAGUCCGUGAUCACUUUUGACCGUGGUGGGGAGUGGGUGCCGCUGCGGAAGCCCAAAAACACCACCUGUGACUCCACGGCCAGGAGCAAGGAAGAGUGCAGCCUCCACAUCCACGCCUCCUACAGCAUCUCCCAGAAGCUGAACGUCCCCAUGGCUCCCCUCUCCGAGCCCAAUGCUGUUGGCAUCGUCAUCGCCCACGGGAGCGUUGGGGGGGCCAUCUCGGUGAUGAGCCCCGACGUCUACAUCUCGGACGACGGGGGCUACACCUGGGCGCGGAUGCUGGAGGGGCCGCACCAUUACGCCAUCCUGGACUCGGGCGGUCUCAUCGUCGCCAUUGAGCACACCAGCCAGCCUGUCAACAUCAUCGAGUUCUCGACGGACGAAGGGCAGUGCUGGUAUCGGUACGCUUUCUCCAAGGACCCCAUCUUCUUCACUGGCCUGGCAUCCGAGCCGGGGGCUCGCUCCAUGAACGUCAGCAUCUGGGGAUUUCGGGGGAGCUUCCUCUCCCGCAAGUGGGUCUCCUACACCAUCGACUUCAGCGAGCUGCUCAGCAGGACCUGCGAGGACAAGGACUACACCAUCUGGCUGGCACACUCCAGCAAUCCCAGCAUCCCCAGUGAUGGCUGCAUACUGGGCUACAAGGAGCAAUACCGACGUCUCCGCAAGUCCUCGGUGUGCCAGAAUGGCCGGGACUACAUGGUGACCAAGCAGCCGACGGUCUGUCCCUGCACGCUGGAGGAUUUCCUCUGCGAUUUUGGCUACUACCGCCCGGAGAACCAGUCCAUCUGUGUGGAGCAGCCGGAGCUGAAGGGACAUGACCUGGAAUUCUGCCUCUACGGCAGACGGGAGCUGCUCAAGACCAGCGGGUAUCGGAAAAUCCCUGGGGACAAGUGUUUGGGAGGGGAGAGCCCAAGCCGGCAGGAGACGGACAUGAAAAAGAAAUGCACCAGCAACUUCCUCAACCCCAGCCAGCUGGCAGCAUCCACCAGCUCUACCCCUAUCAUCCUGGCCGUCGUGGCCGUGCUGCUCAUCACCGCCCUGGCCGGAGUCCUCCUCGUCAAGAAAUAUGUCUGUGGGGGCAGGUUCCUGGUCCAUCGCUACUCCGUCCUCCGGCAGCACGCAGAGGCCAACGGCGUGGAGGGGAUGGACGCGCUGGACCCCGGCACCCCAGCCAGCAAGGGCGGGUACCACGAUGACUCCGAUGAGGACCUCCUGGAGUAGCGGCACAGCAGCGCCGAUGCUGGGGACACCGCUGCGCAGGCAGGGCCCCCCCGUGCAGGCAGGGCCCCCCUGCACCCGCUGCCUGCUGUGGCCGGGGGCGGCUUUGCUGCUGGGGGGCACGCACACGCAGGGGUUUAACUUAACUCCACUUUAAAAUUUCCUUCCAGCGUGGGGGGCUUUUACAGUCUUUUAUUUUUCCCUUUACUGGGCUGUUUUAUUUUAAGGACGACUGAGUAGGAACUGCCCUCCCCCGUGGGGAGCAGCCCCCUGACCCCCCCUCUGACGGCAGCAUCGUUCCCGGGGUGCUGGGGAUGAGCCCUGAGGUGUUACCGCUGCCGAGGGGGGGCUCGGGGGGCAGCAGCUAGGCUUGCCUGCAGCUCCCGGCCCCGCUGCCUGUUUCUUCUCCAAAGCAAUAUGAGCUGGGCUGCUGCCAGGGCCUCCCCGGCCCCCCAGCUUGGGGGGCACCCAUGGCUGUGGGGUAAUGGCCCAGUGCUGGCCCCCCCGGUCUCCCCCCCCCGCCCCGGGCAGGCCUUGGCCGAGGGAAACGCAGCAAUAAUGAAUUAAAGCUUGAAGCUCUUUACCAAGGGGCUGGUGGGGGCUCAGCCCGGCCGUCCCCCAGCCAGCAGCGGUGCAGGCAGGAUGCAGGCAGGGCAGGAGGGGCUACAAGCAGCACCCCCCCCGCAUGGUGGGUCGGUUCUUCGCUUGCCCCCGGCGCUGUGCCAGCCCCCUGCCCCCUUGCCCCCUGCCAGGUUUUGGUCCCAGCACUGUUACAGUCUCCUUACACUGGAAAUCCCUUUCUUUUAGGGGGAGGGUUGCACCCCCACAACAGACCCCCCCACACCUCAGCUGAGGCGUGGGGGUUUUAUCUGACCCCCCCCCAGCCAGGGUGUGGGGGCUUUGCCUGCCCCCCCCCCCCCAAGCUAGGUCAUGGGGUGCAGCGGGAUGGGGGUGCAGCGGGAUGGGGGUGUGGCAGGAUGGGGGGGUGCAGACACCCCCCCAUGCCCCUCAGCUCCUUGCGACCCACCAUGGCUAUCGCGAUACGGCUGUGCUGUCAUGACACAUGGCUUCUGCUCUCGCCCCAGCGACUGUGCAAAGCCUGCUGCCCCCCCCCUCCCCGGCACGGCAGGGCACAGCACACCAAGCGCCGGCGGGAUGGGGGGGCCACGGCCCCAGCACCCCUUGCAUGUGCUUCAGCGUCCCCCUGGGACUCGCCUGGGGACGGGGACGGAGCGUAACCCCCCUAACUAAAAGCCAUAGCCCUGCGCCCCCCCCCCACCCCGGCCCCCUGCUCCAGCCUCGCUGGUGGGGGGGGGACCGAGGCCAGUGCAGAGUCCUGUAAAUAAACCUGGAUGUGUUAUAACUUUGUACUGGUAUUUUUCUGUAUAUUUGCAAUAUUUGGGUUAUUAGAAAUAAAGCCAAAACAGA